AUGCAGAUCUUCGUGAAGACGCUGUCGGGGAAGACGAUCACGCUCGGGGUCGACAGCACCGACUCCAUCGCCGCCCUCAAGGCCAAGAUCAAGGACAAGGAAGGUGUGCCCGAGGACCAGCAGCGCCUGAUCUUCGCCGGGAAGCAGCUGGAGGAUGGCCGCACGCUCGCCGACUACAACAUCCACAAGGAGUCCACGCUCCACCUGGUGCUCCGCCUCAUCGGCGGCAAGGGCGGCAAGGGCGGGAGCUACCCCAAGAUCGAUCCCAACCUCCUGCAGCUCGCCCUGAAGUACCGGCAGCACAAGCUGGUGUGCCGCGUGUGCUACGCUCGCCUUCCCCUCCGAUCCUCCAACUGCCGCAAGAAGAAGUGUGGCCACUGCAACGAGACCAGGAUCAAGAAGAAGCUCAAGCUGAGGGAGUCGUACUGAUGCACUGG